GUAGAUGAACAAUUCGUCGUACUCGCGCUUCAGCAGACGAUGCGAUGCGGCCACCUUCAACUCUAGUGCCUCAACUAGCUGGGCCUCGUCCUUUUGAUACUCCUCACUCUGUACAAGGAGGGCGAUCAACUGGCGCAGGUCAUUCCACUGCUGCUUCAGACUCUUGCUCAGAAAGUUGAGUACAGCGGUGCGCAGAAUAAACUGCCGUGUGACCGGCUGGGCAAUGUUGCGCCGGAACAUGUUGAAAAACACACGACGGAAAAUGUCGCCGGUCACCUACUUUCCUAGUGCCUGAUCAGAUAAAAGCAUGGCUUUAUCUGAUAUUGACAGGAAAGAGCAUGUCUCCAUAUAGAUUGGACACUUGGGUGGAAACAAGUUGAGUUCCUAUAGCAGAUAAACAAACAUCACAACUCAAAGUAUAGACCUGACAGCAACACCGAUUUCACAGAACAACUGACAAACUAGAAACAUUCGAAAUGAAGCGCGUUCAUGUGGAUAACUACGCCCCCAAGUACUUUAGCGGCAAGUGGUCUUGGGAUUCGGAGCGGGACUGCCUCCACUUCGAGGCGCACAACGAUCUGGAGAACGCCAGGGAGCGAUUCAUUACCACCAACGGCUACAAGUUCCUGCGCACCAUGGACCAGGAGGAAGAGCUCAUCUUUCGGCAGGAAUAUGUGCGAGCCAAGAGCAACAACAGUGACACGGUGGUGGUCCGGGAUAUAAGAGAUUUGGUGCUCUACCUGAUGCCGCACGAGUUUCUCACGUACAAGUUCGUUGAUUUCAUGCACACGCCGGAGGUUCAUUCCUUGAUCCAUGCCCUAAUUAUAUACUUCGAGUACUAUUUGCGCAUGGUGGAGUUUGUGCUGAUCCGUCGCGACGAACUUUCCGGUCAGUUGGCCCAGGUGCAGAGCGCCCAGACCAACGAGAUGAAGCAGACCUUCUCCGUCUACUUGAGCCAGUACCGCAUGCUGGUGGCCCGCAACUAUUGCCGCAUCAUUGGGGGCGAGGGCGAUAUGGCCAGGUUCUACCACAUGAAACCGAUAUCCAACAUUUCGGCCACGAUCCACGACAAGUACUUUCACGAGCACUUCCUGGCCGUGUCCAUCCAAAUCAUCUGGAUCUGCAUGCACCGGCGGGCGUAUUUCGUCAUCGAAAUGGAGAUGAAUCGUCUGUUCCGAUCGGAGCACUUUGUUUCCGCCCAUCCCGAGUAUCUCAGCUUCACGGCUGCGGAGCGAAGUCUUCUCUACGGCAGGAAUAGCAAGAACUAUAACUAUCGCAUCCAGGAAUCGCCUCUGAUCCAGGAGCUGAAGCUGGUUCCGGAUGAGGAUCUACCCAUUCUGUGGAUAGGAGAGCGCAAGUACAGGGGCUCCGACAUCCGCAUUGCCGAGAUGGAGUUGGAGUAUAUAGUGUCUGGGUCACAGCUGUCCUUGAUUGACGUAUCGCACGGCAUCCUCGGACAUCCGAAGAAGCUCUACAACACUCUACUCAACCUGGAUUGGCCCGCUGUGCGCUAUUCGAACUUUUCCGAAAAGUAUGACCCAUACCACAUCAUCAGGCGACCUCACCUGGUGGUGCCCAAGAUGGAUGAGCUCAAGAUGCGGAAGAUGUCGGAGAACUAUGAGCACUUCUACCAGCUUAUUAAAAUUUUUGAGCCCUACACUCACCAGCAGAUCUGCAAGUGGGUGAAACGAGACAUCAACAUCCAGUUCUUCAAGUCCGGCGGUCUGCUCACGAAUGUGGUCUCGCGCUGCGAAAAGGAGCUGGCCAGCGAGUCCAAGGGCCCGAGGGUCGAUCUCAUCAUCUCUAACUACUUUAAAAUGAUGUCCAAGAUACGCAAGGAGGACAGAGAAGGGGAUGUAGACAGCAUCACAACGCAUGGCGGAAGUAUGGCAUCGCGCUUCAGUUUAAGGGCUCCGAAAAAAACUUUAUAAUUUGAUACCACCAUUUCGAAAAUUUAUACCCAUUGUACCCAUUUCCAUGAACAAGUGAGAAUAUAUUCAAGCAAAUCCAUAAA